AUGUCGGUUCAAAAUGUAAAAAGAAAACAGUUAGCUGGUACCUGGGGAACGCCUUCAUCAAUAAAGAAUUCCUUUUUUCUUUUCCUCAUGAUUUGUUCAAAUGACAUGUUUCCAUAUAUCACAACAUUUAUUAUCAAUACGUUAACUGGUUAUGAUCGUCGGUCUCACAAAGACGAAUUUAGACAAGGUUCUUAUUUACGAAACAAAUUUUCCAAGUACUUUUGUAAUCAUUGGUCGUCCAGUCGACAAAUAAAGAACCGACAUCCUGGAAAUCCAGGAGGCACGAGUUUGAGCUCCGAGGAUGGUGGAACUCUUAUAUGUUCUAUGAGAUGUGAGGAAAGCGUAAAGAACUGUCGUAUGGUUAGACCGGUUGGACCGCGAAUUCAGGUGAGAGAGUGUCGAAACCACUUUCCCGGAUUUGAUUAUUCAUUGGUCUCGGGAUUUGUAAAACACGCGCCAAAUUUCCAGAGCGAGUUAACGCACUUGUGA